AGCGGCAGCAUGGAGCCCCGGGAGAAGAAGAUGGACCGCUGACAAGAAAGGAACCUGUGUGGUUAUUACGAACAAAUUAACAUUAUUUGGGAAAAUUUUGUUACUUGACAUUGAAUCGAAAUUUUCCCGUGGAUUUGCCCUGCUCCUGGUAUUCAAGAAUGAUUCUUACAGUGAAACCACUCCAAGGAAAGGAGUGCAGUGUACAGGUGACUGAGGAUGAAAAGGUCUCAACAGUGAAGAAGCUAGUGUCUGAGCGACUGAACAUACCCGCAAACCAGCAGCGGUUACUGUUCAAAGGGAAAGCACUCGCAGAUGAACACAGACUAAGUGAUUACUCCAUCGGACCUGAGGCUAAAUUGAAUCUGGUUAUCCGUCCUGUGGGGGAGAAAACUGCAGCCUCUGGGGUGGCUGCUGGCAGCAGCAGCAACAUGAGCAUGCAGGGAGGAGUGUGGCAGGUUGUGUCCACUAUACUUGCAAGACAUUUCAGUCCAGCAGAUGCAGCAAAAGUACACGAACAGCUGAUUAAGGACUAUGAACGAUCACUUCGACAGCUUAGCCUAGAUGACAUUGAGCGCUUGGCAGGAAGGUUGCUUCAUCCGGAUGGAGAGGCCAUGGAUACCUCAUACAUGGACUAAGAAUGCAGAACUUCUAUUUUUGGAGAUGCAGGCAAUGUGUAGAGUGUGAAGCUGUGUAAAAUACAGUAUCACUUAUAAGUUGCAGAGAUCCCCUGGUGUGUGCCUAAUCAGUGUCUGAGUGAACAUGGAUAAUACUCAGCAACGGGGCUUUUUAAUUCACCUACAAUGGACUUGUAAGAGGACAUGGCCACAGUUUUUGUUGGUCCUGGUAAAUUAUAAUUUAAUAAUGACCCAAGAGUUGAUCACACAAUAUCUAAAUGCAAAGUAAUCCUGUUCUGCUGUUGUUUUCACGUGAUCUCUGGCUGCUAAAAAUCCUAGGGAACACUAACUUGUACUGGAGGGUAUUUAUUAGUCGAGUCUGUUGAAUGAUAACUGGGUGUUUUCUGUAAAACAUCUGUGAGAAAGUAAUACAUGUUUUAUCCCUUAACUGGCUUAUGAUCAUUGUUUAAUUUGUAAAUAUCUUGUUUAUAUACAGACAUUAAAAUACAGACAAAUGCUU